AUGACCAUUCCCGGCCUCUCGCUCAUCCUCCGUGCGAGACGAUCGCCACUUCUCGACUUGAUUUAUAAGUACACGCCCUUACCGGUUGAAGGCUGGAUUAGGAUUCUGGUGCUUUAUCCGGGAUUUGCGAACGACGAGCUCUCGUGCAGUCUUCAAUCCUGGAAAAUCGAGGACGUUGCCAGGUUGGGUUUCGAGGCCCUGUCUUAUGUCUGGGGGAGUGACUAUGGAUCUCAACAGGCGAGAAAGCUCGACUGUGAUGGUGCUCCGCUGCACAUUCGAGCGAACUUGGACUGUGCAUUGAAGCAUCUUCGCCACGACCGAAACACGAGGUUCCUUUGGGUGGAUGCCGUGUGCAUCAAUCAGGGAGACAAGGAGGAGAGAUCUCGACAGGUCCAACAAAUGGGUGCAAUAUACGCAAGCGCGUCGAAAGUCCUCGUUUGGAUAGGCCCGGAUAUCAAUCACGAAGCGAAGGAAUCUUUCGCCCUGAUACAAAACACUGCCACUCUCCUUUCCGAGAUGAUCUCGGACUAUGGAGAUGUCAAUCUCUUCCCUCCCAUUACCCGGGAAAGUAGAAUAAUCUGCUCGGACACCCUCAAGUGGGAUAUGGUCCGCCGAUUGAUGGAUUCGGAGUGGUUUUCGCGGGUCUGGGUACUCCAGGAAGUCGGCCUGGCCCGUUCAGCAGUCCUGCUCCACGGUAACGCAACGAUGAACUGGGCUUACCUGGUUGAAUUGAUGCUUAUCGUUGCAUCACGUGUUGAUGUCGCCUCACUCAUGGGAACCGUCAAAUCUGGUAUGGUCUGGGACUUGUUCGAAGACCUUUGGCGGACAUUUGGAAAUGAUAUAUCUUGGAGGAACGAGUUGCCGAUGUGCAGGACCUUGAACUCCAAUGAGAGUCAAGUGAGCUUCAUCAACAUUCUAAACGAUGGGCGGUCCUACAAGGCCACUGAUCAAAGGGAUCGUGUAUACGCUUUCCUCAGUCAUCCGAGUACAGCUUGCGGUAUUGCAAAAGAGAAAAGAUUGGUGGUCCCCAACUAUAACCUGUCCGUCGACCAAGUCUAUUUCAACACGGCCGUGGCCAUCCUGGAAAAUGACCCAUACCCGUGGACUCUGCUCACUUGUAUUGACCAUACUGUAGGAUCCCCUUCACUUUGCGGUCGGCGACCCUCGUGGGUUCCGCGUUGGGACGAAGGGUGGCGUGUGUAUUGGUUGGGCUACCCAGAGAUGUGGUAUCGAGCUGGCGGAACUCAGCCCGCCACAUUUCAAUUCGAGGUCUCCAGACCAGAGUCGUCUUUACAUCUAACGGGCGUAAUCUUGGAUUCCAUCGAGUGGACAUCUCGGGUAUUCGAUUCCGAAGACCUUCUCCUUGAACCCCAGAAGAAGGAGGGGCCGUUGCAAAAGCUGUGGCAAGGGUUGGAACAUGGAGACUGUAGUCAUGUUUACGGCAGUAGCCCUUACGAUCGAGAAUACGCCUACAGCCUUACGAUCAUAGCGGGACGGGCAACUGAUGAAGGGCCUGCUGAAGACAAUCCGAGUCUUCACCGCGCCGUCUAUCGAACAUACAAAGAACUACUCCACGACGGGACUAGCGGUGACCAUGGAAGUCAUCCACUGCCAUCAACAGAUGCAGACUCUAACCGUCAACAAGAGCAGGAUUCUCCAAGAUCCCUCGAACUCGAAGCGCUUACCUACGUCGGCAGCAAUCAGCGCAGAGCCUUACAUAACCGCCGAUUUUUCCGAACGUCAAAGGGCUACUAUGGAGUUGGCCAUAUGACAAUCGAGAUAGGUGACGAAUGCUGUGUUUUUAGGGGUGCAAAUAUGCCAUUUGUCAUUCGAAGGGUAUCAGCCAACGGUGUGCAAGGAGCGCCUACCUCAAGUCGACAUUUGCUUGUGGGUGAAUCUUAUGUCCAAGGCGUCAUGAGGGGAGAGAUAUUUCUGAAGAUAGAUGCAGGCGGGCGUGAUGACCUGGUUGAACAGAAAAUUAUCCUUGUGUAA